UAUUUCUGGUGUUGUAGCCCGCCGCGGCGGAUUCACUUGAGAGUUUUACUCUGUUGUAAAAUGAUCCCGGAGAACACUAAAAUUGGGAAACCCAGCCCUCUGGCAAAUGCUGGUUUUUGGUCGCAGCUUUUUUUAUGCUGGGUGAGUCCUUUGCUACAUCUGGGACACAAGCAAAGACUGGAGGAAAGAGACCUUUAUACAAUCCUUCCUGAAGAUGAAUCAGAAGUACUGGGACAAGAACUUCAGAGGUGCUGGGAUCUUGAAGUUAAAAAGGCCACAAAACAACUGCGGAAGCCCAAACUGACGAAAGUCCUUAUUAAGUGCUAUGGGAAGUCUUACGCUGUAGCAGGAAUCUUCGCAUUUUCCAUGGAGGCCAUUAAAGUCAUCCAGCCACUCCUUCUUGGAAAAAUAAUAAUGUUUUUUGAGAAUUAUGAUGCAGAUGAACACAUAAGCCUUUACUCUGCGUACAGCUGUGCUGCUGCUAUGUGCAUCUCCACCUUCGGCUUAACUAUCCUACAGCAUCUCUACUACUAUUUCGUUGUAAGAACAGGCAUGAAGAUGAGGGUAGCUGUAUGUCACAUUAUAUACUGCAAGGCUCUUCGUCUCAGCAGCCAAGCGAUGGGACAGACCACCACUGGCCAAAUUGUAAACCUUCUUUCAAAUGACGUCAACCGUUUUGAUGAGAUUACACUCAAUCUGCACUAUCUGUGGGUGGGACCUUUACAGGCAGUUGUGAUUAUCACUUUCCUUUGGUAUGAGAUUGGGCCCUCAUGUCUAGCAGGUGUGGCUGUCCUCAUCCUCAUGAUGCCCGUGCAGACAUGGUUUGGAAAGCUUUUUGGAAUCUUCCGGAGUAAAACAGCAGUACUAACUGACACUCGGAUCCGCAUCAUGAACGAAGUCGUGUCUGGAAUCCGAAUCAUCAAGAUGUACGCUUGGGAAAAGCCCUUCUCAUCUCUAGUCACAGAGUCUAGAAGACAGGAAAUAAACCAAAUCAUGAAGAGCUCCUAUCUGCGAGGACUCAACAUGGCCUCGUUCUUUGCCAGCAGUAAAAUUGUGGUUUAUGUCACCUUCUUGGUCUACGCACUGGUGGGCAAUAGCAUCAGCGCCAGUCGAGUUUUCGUCACGGUGUCCCUAUACGGAACCAUCAAGCUCACGGUCACACUCUUCUUCCCACUGGCUAUUGAAAAACUGUCAGAGACCAUCGUCAGUAUUCACAGGAUCAAGAAUUUCCUCCUGCUGGAUGAAAUGAGUACAAGAACGUUAACACUGGAGGAAAAGAACCCAAACAGCAUUGAGUUGAAGAGGCUGACAUGCUACUGGGAUAAGCUUCUGGAUUCACCAUCCCUCCAAGACAUCUCCCUCACUGUGAAAUCACACCAGCUCUUAGCUGUAAUAGGACCAGUGGGGUCAGGAAAGUCGUCCUUGUUGAGCGCCAUUCUGGGCGAGCUAUGUCAAGACACUGGAACCUUGACGGUCAGAGGUCAGCUCAACUAUGCGUCCCAGCAGCCAUGGGUGUUUCCAGGAACCAUUCGGAGUAACAUCCUGUUCGGGAGGAGGAUGGAUCCUGAGAAGUAUGAGCGCAUAUUAAAAGCCUGUGCUCUAAAGAAGGACCUAGAGUUACUCCCGAAUGGAGACCUGACCCUCAUCGGUGACAAGGGAGGCACCCUCAGCGGCGGGCAAAAGGCUCGCAUUAACUUGGCCAGAGCGGUGUAUGAGGAGGCAGAUAUCUACCUCUUGGAUGAUCCUCUGAGCGCUGUGGAUGCCGAGGUUGGAAAAUAUCUCUUUGAGAAGUGCAUCUGUGGCCUGCUGAAGAACAAGUGUCGCAUUCUGGUUACUCACCAACUUCAAAAUCUGGGAGCAGUUGAUCACAUAGUGGUGGUCAAGGAGGGUCGUAUCAUCGCCCAGGGUACCUACAGUGAGUUGCAGAGCUUUGAGCUGGAUGUGGGAUUCCUUACAAAAAGCCAGGAUGAACAGGAACAUCCGUAUUUGUCAGCCAGCUGUGAAAGGGAGUCACUCCUUAGCAAGAAGACAGAUAACUCGAACACUUCGAACCACUCGAACAGCACUCUCCUGCCCCCAGAGGGAAGUGGCCCUGAUCUAUGUCCCGUUGAAAAUGCACAUACUGAAGAGGAGGAGGCCCGUGCUGAAGGAAAUGUCAGUAGGGACAUUUAUGUCAAGUAUUUUACCGCCCACUGUCAUCCUCUGAUCUUACUGGCUAUUGUACUGCUCAGUGUCAUCGCUGAGGCUGCAUACAUUCUACAGGACUGGUGGCUGGUGUUCUGGGCCAAAGAGGAGCUCAACCAGACCAGCACAGUUGUGACUAUUGUGAAAGACACCAAUGAGACUGGCUUACACCAAGGCAACAGUCUACCAUUUUAUCUGGGCAUAUAUUCUGGUUUGACUGCAGCGGCCGUGGUCUUAGGGUAUGUCAGGAGCUUAGUGAUCUUUCACGGGCUAGUGAGAUCCACUCAGAUGUUGCACAACCGCAUGUUCAGCGCUGUCCUCCGAGCACCAGUCCGCUUCUUUGACAUCAACCCAAUAGGAAGAAUCCUCAACCGCUUUUCCAAGGAUAUUAGCCAGAUGGACUCCCUGUUACCACUCACCUUUGUGGACUUUUAUCAACUUUUUUUGCAGAACCUGGGUGUGCUUGCGGUGGCGGCCUCCAUCAUCCCUCUCCUACUACUCUGCAUCACUCCCCUGCUCUUUAUCUUCCUGUACCUGCGACGAUACUAUCUUGCGACAUCACGAGAUAUCAAACGUCUGGAAUCCACAACACGCAGUCCAGUCUUCUCCCAUCUUUCGUCAUCCCUUCAGGGCCUGUGCAGCAUCCGAGCCUUCAGAGGAGAGGAGAGGUUAACCAAAGCUUUUGACUUCCACCAGGACCGACACUCAGAAGCGUGGUUUCUCUUCCUGAUGGCCUCUCGCUGGUUUGCCCUACGUCUGGACAGCAUUUGCUCAGUCUUUAUCACCGUUGCAACAUUUGGGUGCAUUUCACUCCGAGAUGGGUUGGAGGCUGGUGAGGUGGGCCUGGUGCUGACGUACGCCGUGACUCUUGUUGGAAACUUCCAGUGGACCGUGAGGCAAAGUGCAGAGCUGGAGAACAUGAUGACAUCCGUAGAAAGGGUGGUGGAAUACACAGAGUUAAAAGGUGAAGCACCCUGGGAAACCCAGACACGGGCUCCUGUCGAUUGGCCCAGUCGAGGCCAGGUGACCUUUGAGAAGGUGCAUUUGUCAUACAGCGCUGACGGCCCUCUUAUCCUGAAGGACAUCAAUGUCAUCUUCUUCCCCAACGAGAAGGUGGGUGUUGUGGGCCGAACGGGAGCGGGGAAAAGCUCGCUGGUGUCAGCCCUCUUUCGCCUGGUGGAGCCACAAGGGAACAUCUACAUUGAUGGGGUGUUGACCUCAGAGUUGGGCCUGCACGACUUGCGGCAGAAGAUGUCGAUCAUACCUCAGGACCCAGUGCUCUUUACUGAUACAGUGAGGAAGAACCUGGACCCCUUUCACCAGCAUCAGGAUGCUGAACUGUGGACGGCUCUAGAGCAGGUCCAGCUCAAGUACAUGGUGGAGGAGCUUCCAGCAAAGUUAGAGACAGUUCUAGCUGAGUCUGGCUCCAACUUCAGUGUAGGUCAGAGGCAGCUGGUGUGUCUGGCGAGAGCCAUCCUGAGGAGGAACCGCAUCCUCAUCAUCGAUGAGGCCACUGCCAACGUGGACCCCAGGACGGAUGAGCUGAUACAACUAACCAUCCGACGGGAGUUCCAAGAUUGCACUGUGUUAACCAUUGCACACCGACUCAACACAAUCAUAGACAGCGAUCGCAUCCUGGUGCUGGAUGAGGGCAGAGUACAAGAGUUUGAUCGCCCUUUUGUCCUUCUUCAGAACAAAGACGGUGCUCUGUACAGGUUGGUCCAGCAGUUGGGUGAGACUGAGGCUGAAGCUUUGUUGAAGGUGGCUGAACAGGCAGCGACAGCGACCUGAAUGCUGAAAGUUGGCUGAACAGCAAACAAUCAGGAUCGCAUGUAAAUGUUGUAAGCAGCAAGAGAAGAAGCACCGAAUGAGGUUUGUCAGGGUUGAAGGACGUCCAAGAGGUGACUCUAAUUUUUUUUUUGUUUUUUUUUCCACACUUUGAAAGUGUUUCUUCAGAGUCAUUCGCUCCGAGGUUAGAAGAAUUGAGACUACCUUAUAAUGUCAGUUGUUUGACUGUAUUUAAAAAGGAUGUUGACAAGACAAUCACACCAAUAUGAAAUUAUAAUCAUUAGUCUUUACAAGUGUUGAAAAAAUCUAUAGCAUUUGAUCAAGAUCAACUGCAUCAGAAGAAGGUAAAACCUUUGAAGGGGAGUCUGCUCAAUAGUGGAGGGGAAAGCAUUGAUGUCAAAGUCUGUGUUUUGCUUUACAAUCUCAAAUAUUUAAGACAUUUUACAAGUGUUCAUGACCUGGAUUACUGACGAUCUACAUUCAAUUAUAUCGCCUUGCACAAUUUGAAGGACAGCUAGUGCAUGCAGCCACGAAAACCUGCGGAUACAAAGAGCAAUGCGCUCAGUCUGAGAUGCAGACAGAAUGAGCUCAUACUAUGUAAAAAUCUGUCUUUAUUCCAUUUGCAAGUCCACAAAUUCUCCAGAAAGCACAAACUUUACUAGUACUGACGCACUUAAAAGGAGGUCAACCAGAGCUCCUGACAACACCAAAGCACUUGAACUGACAUAGUUAUUGAAGGACGGUUCUCCAUUAGUGGACGCAGUCCAGAUGGACGAGCAUCAACAAGCACGGAAAUGUAAACUGACAACCACCCUACCCUACAAGAAAAAGAAGACUAACCUUCUGCCAACUUAAAAGAAGGAUCAGGAACUUUUGUCACUGGGAAUAAUGGCUAAGCCAUGCUCUUUUGGCAGAGAGAUGGUGGGCUACUACUCAAAGACAUCACAACCAAACAUUUUACACUCCUGUGAAAAAUAUUUUUUCCACAAAUCCCGACGAUGAAUGUUUGAGUCCCAAUCCGUCUCAAGUCAAUCACCUUCUGUCACUGGAAGAUCCCUGGUGCCUAUUGUUUACAAACACUGGCUUGUCAGGUUUUAGUACAACAAAAGAUGACAGACCAUUGCCUGCAAUCAGGAGAGCCCCCAAAUGACAGUGGUAGAAAGUGGUUUAUUUUUGUCCUUGGACCCAUAGUGUUACUUUACCAUGGGGCCUCAAAUUCCAGAUGGCAUUUCUCCCUGCAAUAGCAACAAUACGGUUUAAUGUGUUAGUUUGGCGGGGCCCCUAGUGGCUACUGGCCUUUUUAUUUUUGUAACAUUAGUGUAAACUUCACAUAGCCCCUAUGUCAUAGGGUCUGAGCCAAGAUCCAAGCCCAUCCUGGUCAGUCACGUCUACUAAAAAAAUUACAAAGAUUUCAUUGCAUCACCAAACAUCAAUAAAAAUCCAAUGUCAUAUACUGUACACUGAAUUCACUGUAUGCAUUACAAAUAUGACUAAUGUUCAUAAAAUCUGGGCAUACCAAAUACUCGUAUUUCUAAGAAUACUGUGAAUUUCUCAGAGGAUUUUAGUGCAUCAGUUACUGUCUUCUUUGAAAACACUUUUUCCUAAACCAACCAAACAUCUCACUGUCUGCUUUUGCUUUGUGAUUUUUAUAUUGAUAAGCUAUUUGGUUUUUGUCAUUUUACUUUUUUAUCAUAUCAUACCAAUUUUGCUGCUUUCAUUUUAGAUUCAUCUUGAUUUUCAAGUGUUCACAACAUCAAAUGUUUUAUUUCCAAUUUCUUUGCCUCUGAAAAGCACUUUGGACUUUCCUUUGUGUGUGAAUGGUGCUAUAAAAAUAA